AGGCAAACUGUUUCUAGGUGACUCUCACACUCAUGACGUCACAGCUAGGAAUUUAUCUAUACCGACAAACAACCCUAGUGUUGAUUGCCAAGAGACAGGCAGGUGUGCUUGGACACCAACAUACCAGUGGGCAGUCUACAAGCAUCGAAAUAGUCUCUUACACAAUUAGCCAAAUUGAUGGAAUGAUCUCAAAAUGUGUCGCCUUUCCUACAUUUUACUUGCAAUAUCCAUGUUGACAGAGACUCUAUCUCAAAUCGUACCAAGCGUUACAGUCACACAGUCUGCCUAUAGUACGAACACAGGAACUAGUAUAACCCUGACAUGUACAGUUAGUUCAGCAACAACAGUUACCUCGGUGUUCUGGCGACGAACCAUCGGCGGAUCGACUGUUACCCUGACUAUAGACAAUGUUAACUACUCAGGGUCAUCCACAUCUGUACCAUCCUUAACAGUAAUCUCUGCCGAUACCGGAGACUCCGGAUCUUACACUUGUUUCGCCACCAAUAGUGCUGGAACAGGGAACAGUGCUCCCACCACUUUGACUGUGACUGGAACUGCCCCUACAGUAACGGUUGGAUCAUCCUCCUACUCGUCCACCACAGGAACAACCUUCACCCUCCAGUGUACUGUGUCUUCUACCACGACAAUUACAAAUGUCUUCUGGCAACGUCUUAUCAAUGGUGUCACCUCCACAAUCACCGUCGACAAUGUCAACUACUCCGGAGGCAGCACAAGCACCCCCUCCUUGACUAUCAUCACGGCAUCUCCCUCUGAUACAGGAACAUACACCUGCUUUGGUUCGAAUUCUGCUGGAACAGGAAGUGCUACAACCCAAUUAACAGUAACAGGAACUGUACCUGCCGUUUCUGUGGGCCAGACAUCCUACAGUGUCACUACAGGAACCAGCAUCACUCUUGUGUGUACAGUAUCAGCCAACCCCACCUACACUUCAGUUUCAUGGCAACGUGAUGUUGGCUUUGGAACACAGGCUAUCACCAUUGAUGGUGUUAACUACUCGGGUUCUCAAGUUAACAGUCCAUCUCUGACCGUGUUAAACACAGAGAUUGCAGACUCUGGUACCUAUACCUGCUUUGCUUCCAACUCUGUAGGAACGGGACAGAGUUCUACAACACUGACUGUUUCUGGAAAUGUACCAACAGUUCAGAUUCAGCAGUCUUUCUACACAGCGACCACUGGAACGUCUAUCACUCUUGUGUGUACUGUGUCUGGCAGUCCUACCCAUACCAAUGUGUUCUGGCAACGCAAUGUUGGCUCUGGCUCACAAUCCCUUACCAUUGACAGUGUUAACUUCUCAGGUUCUCAAGUCAACAAUCCAUCUCUGACUGUUAUCAAUGUUGAUCCCUCUGACAGUGGUACUUACACCUGCUUUGCCACCAAUGCUGUAGGAACCGGACAGAGCUCGGCAACCACAGUGACCAUCUCUGGAAGUUUACCAACUGUUACUGUUGCUCAGACUGUUAGGUCUGUAACCACGGGAACAACAGUAACCUUACAGUGUUCCGUCUCUGCCAAUCCAACACAUACUAGUGUGUUCUGGCAGUUCACUCCCACCAAUGGCGGGACGACUACACUGACAAUAGACAAUGUCAACUAUGGAGGAGCAUCUGUCAACAGUCCUUCAUUGGUCGUGUUCAAUACCAACAGUGCAGACCAGGGCACAUAUGUCUGUUUUGCCAACAACCAAGUUGGAACAGGACAGAGUGCUCAGGUCUCCCUGUCAGUGACAGGAAGUCUCCCAUUUGUCACCAUUACCCAGAAUGCCUACUCAGUUGUUACCGGACAAACAGUCACACUGGGAUGUACAGUGUCUGCCACACCUACCCAUACCAAUGUUUUCUGGAAGCGUAUAGACAAUGGUGUGGCAACCACACUGAACAUUGAUAGAACCAAAUACUCCGGAUCAACGGUCAAUACUCCAUCCCUGAUCAUCACUAGUGCUAAUAGCAAUGACAACACAGUUUAUACCUGUUCAGCUACAAAUGCUGUAGGGACUGGAACCAGUGGUCAGACCACACUCACAGUUACAGGAAGUAUCCCUGUGGUAAUUGUAGACCAGGCCCAAUACUCUGUAAUUACUGGACAGACCGUCACUCUUGGCUGUAGCGUGUCGGCCACACCAGGUCACACAUCAGUGAUAUGGCGACGAACACUCAAUGGAGUCACCAGUAAUGUCGCCAUUGAUGGCAUCAAAUACCAAGGCGCUACAGUAAACAAUCCAGACCUCACAAUUAGAAAUGCUGCUGCCGGUGAUCAGGCGGUGUACACCUGUUCUGCCACCAACAUCGUAGGAACCGGAACCAGUACUACAACAACACUCUCUGUUACAGGAAGUCUCCCUAUUGUCAUCAUUACACAGGAUGCCUACUCAGUUGUUACCGGGCAAACAGUCACACUGGGAUGCACAGUGUCUGCCACACCUACCCAUACCAAUGUUUUCUGGCAGCGUAUAGACAAUGGCGUGGCAACCACACUGAACAUUGAUGGAAUCAAAUACUCUGGAUCAACAGUCAAUACUCCAUCCCUGACCAUCACUAGUGCUAAUAGCAAUGACAACACAGUUUAUACCUGUUCAGCUACAAAUGCUGUAGGAACUGGAACCAGUGGCCAAACCACACUCAGAGUUACAGGAAGUAUCCCUGUGGUAACUGUAGACCAGGCCCAAUACUCUGUAAUUACUGGACAGACCGUCACUCUUGGCUGUAGCGUGUCGGCCACACCAGGUCACACAUCAGUGAUAUGGCGACGAACACUCAAUGGAGUCACCAAUAAUGUCGCCAUUGAUGGCAGCAAAUACCAAGGUGCUACAGUAAACAAUCCAGACCUCACAAUCACAAAUGCUGCUGCCGGUGAUCAGGCGGUGUACACCUGUUCUGCCACCAACAUCGUAGGAACCGGAACCAGUACUACUACAACACUCACUGUUACAGGAAGUCUCCCUAUUGUCACCAUUACCCAGAAUGCCUACUCAGUUGUUACCGGACAAACAGUCACACUGGGAUGUACAGUGUCUGCCACACCUACCCAUACCAAUGUUUUCUGGCAGCGUAUAGACAAUGGCGUGACAACCACACUGACUAUUGAUGGAACCAAAUAUUCUGGAUCAACGGUCAAUACUCCAUCCCUGACCAUCACUAGUGCUAAUAGCAAUGACAACACAGUUUAUACCUGUUCAGCUACAAAUGCUGUAGGAACUGGAACCAGUCGUCUUACAACACUCACAGUUACAGGAAGUAUCCCUAUGGUAACUGUAGACCAGGCCAAAUACUCUGUAAUUGCUGGACAGACCGUCACUCUUGGCUGUAGCGUGUCGGCCACACCAGGUCACACAUCAGUGAUAUGGCAACGAACACUCAAUGGAGUCACCAAUAAUGUCGCCAUUGAUGGCAGCAAAUACCAAGGUGCUACAGUAAACAAUCCAGACCUCACAAUCACAAAUGCUGCUGCCGGUGAUCAGGCGACGUACACCUGUUCUGCCACCAACAUUGUAGGAACCGGAACCAGUACUACAACAACACUCUCUGUUUCAGGAAGUUUCCCAGUUGUCACCAUUACCCAUAAUGCCUACUCAGUUGUUACCGGACAAACAGUCACACUGGGAUGUACAGUGUCUGCCACACCUACCCAUACCAAUGUUUUCUGGCAGCGUAUAGACAAUGGUGUGGCUUCCACACUGACCAUUGAUGGAACCAAAUACUCCGGGUCAACGGUCAAUGCUCCAUCCCUGACCAUCACUAGUGCUAAUAGCAAUGACAACACAGUUUAUACCUGUUCGGCUACAAAUGCUGUAGGAACUGGAACCAGUUUUCAAACCAGACUGACAGUUAUAGGAAGUAAGGACACCUCUGAGCUGAUGUAUUUAUUUGCAAUCCUACUUUUUUGA